AUGGAGUCCAAUUCCGUAGCUCGAGAGUUAGUCGACGUGGUGGUCAUUGGUGCAGGUCUGAGUGGUCUCUGCACGGCUUUGAAUAUCCAAGCCGCAGGCUUCUCCUGUGCAGUGGUUGAAGCUACUGACCGAGUUGGGGGGAAGACGCUCACUCUACCUUCGAAGAAGAAUGGUCCCGGUGUCAAUGACCUCAGUGGCGCUUGGAUUAAUGAUACUACACAAAGUGAGAUGUUCAAACUCGUUCAGCAUUAUGGUGUUCAGACAGAAAUCCAGAUGGACAGAGGGAACAACGUCUGGGUGCAUGAUGAUGGGGUCACUUCAUCAUUUUCCAACUAA